AUGCCCGAUCUCCCAAUAGAAAGGGCUGCGCCCCUAACACCCGAAUCUGAAAAAUACAACGAUUACCCUCUCACCGAAACCACCGCACCACCACCCGUCGAGCAGGUCUCAUCCCGCAGAGAAUCAUGGCCAACCCAAGCUCCCCAACCCACAUCCACCCCUUCCAAACACGCAACCCACCUCUACACAAUCUCCUACCUAAUAUUCUUCGCCAUCUUUGGUACCCUCGCCCGCCUAGGCCUCCAAUCCCUAACAUUUUACCCCGGCGCCCCAGUCCUAACAAGCGUCCUCUGGGCAAACGUCGCAGGCAGCCUGGUAAUGGGCUUCCUAAUCGAAGACAGGAACAUCUUCCGUGAAGCAUGGGGCUCACCUCGUCUGCCUACUGAUCCCUCCGGAAAUGGACACGGAGACGGAGACAUAGAGGAAUGGAUCAAAAAACACAAAGCUACCAAGAAAACCAUCCCACUUUAUAUCGGUCUGACAACCGGUUUCUGCGGCUGCUGUACAUCAUUUUCCUCAUUCAUCCGUGAUGUCUUUCUCGCCCUGGCAAACGCCCUCCCUGAUCCUUCGACUGCCGGUGCAGCCCCAGUCUCCCGGAACGGCGGAUACAGCUUCAUGGCGCUGGUAGCCGUAAUUCUUGUAACCGUUUCACUGAGUCUUUCGGCGUUGACCUUCGGUGCGCAUCUGGCAGUUGCCCUGGGCCAUUUCACGCCUACCAUCCCGUUCAAGUUUGCGCGCCGCGUACUGGAUCCGUGUAUAGUGGUGCUGGGUUGGGGAUGUUGGCUCGGUGCGGUGUUUUUGGCUAUUUGGCCUCCGGAUCGGAAUGAUGCAGGUUUGGAGACUUGGCGGGGGCGAGCGGCAUUUGCGAUUGUGUUUGCGCCGGUGGGGUGUUUAUUGAGGUUUUAUGUGUCGCUUUAUCUUAAUAAUCGGGUUGCUGCGUUUCCGUUGGGGACGUUUGCGGUUAAUAUGUUUGGGACGGUGAUUGAGGGGGUGUGUUAUGAUUUGCAGCAUGUUAGUGGGUUAGGUGCUGUUGUGCCUGCUGCUUGGACUGGGUGUCAGGUGUUGCAGGGUGUUAUGGAUGGGUUUUGUGGGUCGACGACUACGAUUAGUACUUGGGUUGCGGAGUUGAAUGGAUUGGGGAAGAGGAGACAUGCUUAUUUCUAUGGGAUUACCAGUGUGGUGGUGGGAUUGGGUUUGCUGAUUGUGAUUAUGGGGUCCUUAUUAUGGACUCGGGGGUUUGAUCACCCUGUCUGUGGAUGA